AUGAUCUACUAUUUGAUUCUUUAUUUAAUCGCCGCACUUGUCAGAUCCGCAUAUUCAUUACCGCAGCACAGAACUCAAUCAAACGAAUUACCAGCCUCAGAAUUUCCAAAGGAUUGGUCGGAAGGAACCACUACGCUUGAAUCAAUUGCUCGAGGGAACCACCAGGAACACACGCCUAUUGAAAAUCCACAAACGUCAGACACUGAAAUUCUAGAAAGGUUAUUAACAAAGGGUUACGAUUGGCGGGUCCGACCGCCCGCUGCAAAUGGAACAAUUAGCAGUGGUCCCGUUGUAGUUUCAGUCAACAUGCUUUUAAGAAGUAUUUCAAAAAUAGACAAUGUUAAUAUGGAGUAUAGUGUACAAUUGACAUUUCGAGAGAGCUGGGUUGACAGCCGAUUGAGUUAUGGUGUUAAAGGAGAUGCUCUUCCGGACUUUCUGAUUCUCACGGCAGGACAACAAAUUUGGAUGCCUGAUUCGUUCUUCCAAAAUGAGAAGCAAGCUUAUAAGCAUAUGAUAGAUAAGCCAAACGUGUUAAUUAGAGUUCACAAGGAUGGAACAAUUCUAUACUCAGUUCGAAUUUCUUUGGUGCUUUCUUGUCCUAUGCAUCUUCGCUAUUAUCCAAUGGAUGUUCAACAGUGCUUCAUCGAUUUAGCUUCAUAUGCUUAUACUACAAAAGAUAUAGAAUACGUCUGGAAAGAAGAUAAUCCGGUUCAACUCAAAAGGGGUCUUUCAAGUUCUUUGCCAUCUUUCCAAUUAGCGAACCAUAACACAACCUAUUGCACUAGUAAAACGAACACUGGCGCUUAUUCGUGCCUCCGCACAAUUCUGAUAUUCAAGCGGCAAUUCAGCUAUUACCUUCUUCAACUUUAUAUUCCAUCGUGUAUGUUGGUUAUUGUUUCUUGGGUAUCGUUCUGGAUCGACAGGACAGCAGUGCCAGCGAGGGUGACGUUGGGGGUAACAACAUUGCUCACAAUGACAACGCAAUCGUCUGGUAUCAAUGCGAAACUGCCUCCAGUCGCUUAUAUCAAAGCAAUCGAUGUGUGGAUUGGAGCGUGCAUGACAUUUAUAUUCUGCGCCCUUCUUGAAUUCGCAUGGGUGACAUAUCUCGCCAAUAAACAGGAUGUCUUAAAAAAAAAUCGGACAGAACGCGAGAAGCAAGAAGUGCAACUGCUAACAAAUUCGCACAACGAUGUCUGGGUUCCCCGAGAAGUAGCCGAGCAAGAACGUGAAGUAAUGACCGUCAGGAUGAAUAGGAGGCAGAAUAAUGGAUUGUUAAAAUGGAUUAAAAGAAAAACAGAAUGGCACGACGAAUCGAAAAGGGCGGACUUGAUAUCAAGAGUCCUAUUUCCUCUUCUUUUUCUAACCUUCAAUAUCAGCUAUUGGUCUCAUUACGGUCAGUAUGGAGUCGUCCUCCAUUGA